AUGGGCCCCUGUACCGCCUCCUCAUGCUGCUGCCAGGCCCCUAAUCUGCCAUGGGCCCCUAUACCGCCUCCUCAUGCUGCUGCCAGGCCCCUAAUCUGCCAUAGGCCCCUAUAUACCGCCUCCUCAUGCUGCUGCCAGGUCCAGAGUCUCUCAUGGGUCCCUGUACGGCCUCCCAUUGCUGCUGUCUCCAUCGCCACACUCUGCCAUGUGCCACUUUCAGGUCUCCUCACACUCCUGCUGGUUUCCAUUUUGUCAUAGGUUGCUGUAUGGCCUCCCAUUGCUGCUGCCUCCACCGCCACACUGUGGCUCCAAACACUGGUUUUGGCCCCGUGACUUGCCAAAUGAGUGAAGUGUGCGGUGAUUCUAAGAUCGACGGCACUCAUCUGCAUGUCAUACUGACUGACAGUAUUAUUUCUCUUCCCCAGCAGACUCCAAGGGCAUUUAAAUUAAAGGUACAGUGUUCUGCACUAAUAUUA